UUACCUGGGCAUCCGAAUUCAACUGAGCAUGUGGCAUGGUCCUUAAUUGCCAUGAUCCCGGCCUUUCAGUUUGCGCUGGGGCACCAGGUCUUACAGGGCCUGGUUACGGUGGGACGCUACGAUGGGAAACGGCCAUGCAUUUCAGCUGGAACAACAGCGGGCAAGGUACUCAUCCACUGCCCGCACAAUCGCAUUGAGAAUCCCCAGAAUGAGGUCAUGUUCCUGAACAUCAACCGGAAGAUCACCUCGGUGGUCACGGGGAUGUUGCACCCAGCUUUGCAGCGGGAUGUGCUGAUGGUGGGAACGCAGACAUCGCUGAUGGUAUAUGAUGUGGAGGAAAACGCCGACCUCUUCUUCAAAGAAGUCCAUGACGGUGUCAAUGUCAUUGCCUUUGGACAACUCCCUGGCAUCGAGCAGCCCGUGUGCGUUGUGGGUGGCAACUGCUCAGUCCAGGCAUUCGAUGCGGAAGGCGGCGAGUUGUUCUGGACAGUCACAGGUGACAACGUGAGUUCAUUGGCUUUUUGCGAUGUGGACGACGACGGGCACCCGGAGCUCUUGGUGGGCACCGAAGACUUCGAGAUCCGCGCCUUGAAAUCGGAGGAGGUUCUCAAGGAGAUCACCGAGACGGACGUGGUGCUGCGCAUCGAGCCGCUGCACAAAUGUCGCUUUGCAUAUGCAUUGAUGCAUGGUACUGUUGGGGUCUAUGACAAGCUUUCUCGCGCAUGGAGAGUGAAAUCCAAGAACCGCGUGAAUUGCAUCGAUUGCUUCGAUUUGGACAACGAUGGGGUCCCAGAGCUCAUCGCUGGCUGGGAGAAUGGCAAAGUGGAAGUGCGCAACGAAAAGUCUGGGGAGGUAAUAUGCAAAGACUACUUCCAGGCACCAGUUGCUGCCCUAGUCCAUGCGGAUUAUCGCUUGGAUGGACGAGAAACCUUGAUGUGCUUGACCUCCGAGGGCGAUGUCCGCGGCUGGUUGCCAUCAAGCAGCGGCGCUGAACACAGCGGCCUGCGCAGUGGCGUCGCGGCUGUCGAAGCAAAGGAAAAUGACAGCUGGCGAGAGCUCACAGCCCAGAAGGCAGAACUGACCCAGGAGCUCGCCAGCUUCAAGGAGCAGCUGAAGCAAUACAAGUCAGAUGGCAAAGAGACUGGCCAGGGCGUCAUACCAACUGACACGAAGCUCAACGCGUCCUUGAAAGCGAACAAGACACAUGGCACCGUGGAACUUCAUUUGAUGACUUCCAACUACUCGGUGAUCCGUGCAGUCGUCAUCUUUGCAGAGCAUCUCUUCGAUGGAGAGGCCUGCAUGUUGCAUCCGUUGCCGCCUUCCAACAAUGUCAUCGUGCAGAUCUCUCCGGCUAAGGACGUCCAGACCACCAUGAACAUCAAAGCCAUGACUGGCGUCACUUUGAGUAGCGUCCAAUACCAUGUCUUUGAACUCAACUACACCAUGCCUAAAUUUGCCAUGUACCACCAGGUGGAUGAAACUCAAGCCCCCAGUGGUGCAGUGACUUUCGUCGUUCAGGAAAGGCCGAAUCGGAUUUGGUCCUGGAUCCAGCGAUCUUUCAUCUCAAUCCCUGAGCAGAUGCCAGCUGCCACUGGGAGCAAUAGCCUGGAGGUGAAUUUCAUUUCUUUGCGUACCGGUGAGCCAUUGUGCAUUACCAUGAGCAGCCAGCAAGCGGGGCUUAUGACCAUUCGCACCGACGACAUGGAGACUGCUGGCGAAAUGGUCCAGGAUCUUUGUGGGUUUCUCCAGGUCACCGAGCUGGAGAGUUCUGCCAAUUUCCCGGCCGAGAUGGAAAAAUUUCAGCAGGUGCUGACGCGGGUAGAUGAGUAUAACGCUGUCCGCAUGAAGUUGACAGCAGAGAUGGCAGACAGCGCCAACUUGGUCAAGGCGUUGAUCGUAAAAGCCGAAGACUACAGGAUGUUGUCUGACAUGCAGCAUCUGAAGAAGGCUUUUUCCUCGCUGCAACAAACCAACGGGGAUCUGAUCGCUGAGUACAACAAGCGUGCCAACAAUCACCAACAGCUCCUGGCGCAGCUGAAGGAAGUCAACAUGAUGAUCCAGAAGGCUGCUAAGCUACGCAUGGGCCAUGCCAAGAGCCGUGUGGUGGCUGCCUGCCGCCAGGCGAUCAAGCAGAACAACAUCAUGGGCCUCUUCCAAAUCAUCAGGACCGGCCAUGACGCUUCAGGGUGAUCCCCGAGGGAUCUCCAUUUGGUCCGAAAGUCAAAACUCUUUGCCAGCGGCUGCUCAGCGCUGUCGUAUAGCUACAGUGGCAAUGCCCGUCAACAUUUUUGGAUUUCUUAGGGCAAAGUUACAGAAGGCGUAUAGCAGCUUCUUAAAU